AUGACAACCACGAUAACCACGAGAUUCAAGAAUAGCAUUUCCCAUUCAGCAAGAGCAGACGAUGGCGACAAUACAUCACCCAACCACCCCUCAACCUCUUUCAUCUCGCCUCCAAAAAAGAAACAGAUGGCGUUAAGUCAAUUAUCUAGCAUUAUUACAGCAAAAUUUACUCAACGAUUCACCCACUUCCCUGACCUACCCACUGAACUCCGACUAAUUGUUUGGGAACAUGCAUUACCCGAUCCUCUCGUUCACGAAUUAUACCCCAGCUGUCCGACCAGCUCACCCUAUAACUUCAAAACCAAACUUCGAUCAAACAGGCGACGAAUUCCUACACUUUUGCAUGCAAGUCAUGAAUCAAGAGAAGUGGCUCUAAAACAUUACUGUCUAAUGGCAUACGAUCCACCACCGGUGACGGAGCCCCGCGAGGCUGUUGCUGGAAUUACACCGUUCUACUUCAAUCCUGCCAUUGAUACCUUAUUCCUAAAUUGUGUGGCAUCGAUAUUUCUCGACGUGAGGUGGUUUUUGCUUGAUGAAACACCAAAAUCGAUUGCGCCGAUGAAGAAAUGGAAGAAUGUAGCAUUGGAUAGCUUACACAUGCGAUUUGUGGCAGUGGUUGCGAGCGACCUACCAACACCACAACAUAGGAUCCGAGAAUUAUUCCCAGAUUUAGAGAAUUUGAGUAUUGCGGUUGACAGUAGAAAUAGUGCCAGAAGAAGAUUAAGGGCGAGUUUAAGACCAGGACAUGCGACGGAACUGAUUGCUGUAGGUUUAGAUGAUGUGGAAGGAAGUGAUGAGAUUGGCGUAUAUUUCGAAAAGGAUUUUGGCAUUGACAGCAAUACUGGAGCGAGUUCGACAACAAACCUAGCAGCGAGCAUUACCGUCACUGAGGUGGGCGAUGAUGAGGGUGACAUCCAAGAGGAACAGGCGGAGGAUAAUAGGAGGCCGGAAUUAACGAUGUGCAAAGUUAAGAGAGAUAGGUUCUACGUGGGUCUGAAACAAGACUUCGUUUACUCCUAUGUAGGAGCUAUACAAUUACUGAGAGCUGCACGCAGAAGAAUACUCAGAAGAGGGAGAUAG